AUGCGUCGCCGCGUCGUCGCGCUCGAGCCGAGCGCGGCGUACGAGGCGCCGCUCCUGCGCGACGCCUUCGCGAGCCGCGGAUGGGAGAUCGUGGACGACGCGUCGCGCGCGUCUCUGCACUGGGCGAAAGCGCGCGACGUGCGAUGGGACCGCGUCCUCGGCGGGGGCGGCAACGACGACGCCGCGACGUGCGUCGCGAACCGACUCGUGCUGAAGACCGCGCUGACGAGGAAGGCGGACCUCGCGACGCUGGUGCGACGCCACGCCGAGCGCGUCGGGCUCGACGCGUCGCCGGUCGCGGCGGCGACGCCGGAGACGCACGUCAUCGACGGCGACGACGACAGCGACGGCGACGACGAGGAGGCGAACGAGAAUGAUGAUGAGAACGUCGGCACCGAGAAGAGACGACGACUGCCGCGAUGGCUCCUCUCCGACGCCGACGCCGACGCCGCGCGCCGCCGCCGCCGCUGGGUCUUGAAAGCGUCCGAGAGCGACCGCGGCGAGCGCAUCGCGUUCUUCGACGCGUCCGUCCCCGCGGACGUCGCGCGCGCGGAGGCGCUGAUGGCGUCGUGCCCGCGCGACGCGUCGUGGGUACUCCAGAGGCACGUCGAGCGUCCGAUGCUCGUCGACGGCGCGCGCAAGUGCCACCUCCGCGUCAUGAUCCUCGUGAGCGGCGACGCGCGCGUGUUCGUGCACGAGAACGUCGUCGCGCUGUGCUCGGACCGCGCGUGGGACGCGACGGACAUGCGCGACGUCGCCGCGCACGCGACGAACCACAGGGUGCAGGUGAAGGCUCGGCGACGCGUUGGCCGCGGGGCGGUCGAGGACGAGGAUCCGAGAUCGCGAGAACUCCUCGGAGACGACGACGCCAACGCGCUGACGCUGACCGAGAUGUGCGAGCGCGUGGAGAUCGACGACGACGACGGCGGCGUUCACGAGAACAAGAAGAGCGAGAACGUCGCGGGGUCCUCCUCCUCCUCCUCCCGGGAUCUCGAAACGCACAUCAGAGGGCAGUUACGCGCGAUCGUCCGCGACCUCUUCCUCGCGGCGCGCGACAAAAAAACCGUCGCGCCCGUCGGCUUCUUCCCUACCCACGGCACGUUCGAGCUCCUCGGCGCGGACUUCCUCGUCGACGCGCGCGGGAAGGUCUGGCUGCUGGAAGUGAACGGCGAUCCGUGCCUCGCGGUGUAUGGCGAGCGGUUGCGGCCGAAGUGCGCGGAGGUGUUGCGCGACGUCGUCGACGUCGUCGCGCCGCUCGCGGAGGACGGCGAACGCGCGGAACACGAGAGGCGGUUAGCGUAUGAUCACGCCGCGGAAGAAGAAGAAGAAUAUGGAACGUCAACCGGCGCAGUGGGAACACACGGAGGGUUCGCGCUCGUCCUGAGCCUCCCGCCGCGGUUCCCGAACGACGCGAGCGAGGGGCGACGACGCGUCGCGAAGCUCUUGUCGACGAUGAGCGCGUUCGUCGGAAAAGGCAAAGAAACUUUCGCGAGGAGAAGCGCGUGCAUCGCGCGAGGGUCGCCGGGCGCGUCCGGCGCGGCGAGCGCGUUAGCCGCCGCUGAUUGGGAGCUCACGGACGAUCUCCGGUCGCAGACGACGUCGAUGCAGUGGGCGACGCACGAGGACGUGUCGUGGGAACGAGUUUUGGACGGGGAGGGGACGACGACGACGACGACGACGACGACGACGACGCGCGCGAGGCGCAGGCUCGUCGCGAGCCAUUACUACGCUCGGGGCGUCCUCCUGUGCGCGUCGAGACUCUCGAACGCGCUGAUCUCGAACGGCGUGCUCGGCGUCGUCCCGGUGUCGGCGACGCUGACGCGCGGCGGGAUAGAGGCUGCCGGAGGCGCGGACGCGGCGGCGGCGGCGUUGCGACGCGCCGGCGGCGGCGGCGGCGGCGACUGCGCGUGGGACGUCGAGGAGGACGCGACGACGUCGUCGACGACGAUAAAGACGAAGACGAAGACGACGACGCGUCACCGCUGCGCGUCCGCGGAGGUGGCCGCGUCGCGCGUGCUCCACGGCGACGCUCGCGCGUGGAGGGUUCGGCAGCUCGUCGGCGACGGCGGCGGCGGCGACGGCGGCGACGGCAACGCGUCGUCGUCGUCGUUCGACGCGCGCGUCGUCGCGUUGCUCCUCGGGUCCGCCCCGCGCGUGUGCGUCCACCGUCGCGUGGAGAUUCGACGCGCCGACGUGCCCGAGGGCGCGUGGACGUCGUUAGACGACGACGACGGCGACGGUUCGAUGGACGAACGGUCGCGACGCGAGGCGCGCGACGCCGUGAACGCGGCGGUGGUCGCGACGGUGCGCGGGGUCGUCGGCGGCGGCGUCGGAGGGACGGCGACGGCGACGGAAACCAAACUCCGCCGCCGCUUCCUGCCGUUUCGUAACUGCUUCGAGGCGUUCGUCGUGCGUGUCGUCGUCGCACGGCGCGGGGGAGGAGGUGACGAUUCACCGGACGAACCGUCGCGGCGAGGGUACCGCGCGUGGGUGCUCGGUUUCGAGGACGCGUUCAAGAGCGAAUUCGGCGGCGGCGGCGGCGCGGCGGACGCGCUCGCCGCGGACGUCGUCUCGGAGGCGGUCCGGUUCUUUUGGGGCGAGGGCGAGGAGCGGAUGGGUGGCGACGCGCCGUUCGAGGUCGCGCACGCCGGCGAGUUCGCGUCGCUCGACGGAUAG